AUGGUGGGGAGGCCUUCACACCAUCACACCUCGGGAGCGCAACUCGACAGCACGGCGCCCACAACGGAAGGGAGGGGGAAGGGCGUCGCUUUCGCCAGCGAUGAGGGCAGCGCUCACAGAAAACGGGCGGCCUACGACGAGCGCGCGCGCACCACGUCCGUCAGCUCUGAAGACUCGGAGGGCUACGAGCACGUGAAUACGCUGCUCUCUGCGUCGUCGAUUGCUAACACCGACACUAUCUCCUCGUCAGACCACUCGACGGCUAUGACAUCCGCCACUACCUACGACGAUCGGCCGAAUGACGAUACGCCCAUUGCCACUCCGUCCUAUGCGGCCCCCAGCCUUACCCUCCUCGAACUCGUCUCCAACACUGCGUCCUCGUCCGCGCUCCCUGAUAGCUUCGAUGUCAAUGUGUCACGCAAAGGUGGAUAUGUUGCGGUAUACUCGGCGUCGAAUCUGUUCUUGGUCAAGACCGUGCAGCUGCCGCGACUAUGGGCCAGGACACUGCAGGUCAAGCGCAAGCCCGUCGCAAUCGACAUUACUGAAGAUGGCUUUCUAUUGGCCGUGCUAUCGAGACCUUCACAGGUUGAUCUAUACGAGAUACACGGCGAGGGCGAUAAUCAGAUCAAGAAGAGGCGGACCAUCAUGCUGGUGCACGAGGCUAGCUCUAUCGUCAUAUCACCGGACGCGCGCAUCUUAAUUACGGGCAACAAAUUCGGCAUCGAAGUUAUUGCCAUUGGGCCAGAAGUACCUGAGACGACACGGCGUACGCUUUCUGGGCCCGCCGGUGAUGCAUUGGAGUUCUCGGACGAUGGUCGCACACUGCUCAUAACGGGGUAUGCGAGGAAGUCGGAUGGCUCGGCGUUGUUCGUCCUGCCAGGUCUCUACGAUGGUCCGCUUACAGAAGAGGGUGAACCAAUCCCACAACCGCCGGAAGCUGCAUGGACUGGCUCGGUGCUGUUUCCUGAGACGGCAAGGAUAGCACGCCAAGCUACCCUGCUUCCAGAUGCCGACACCGGGACGUUCAACGAACUCUUCGCGUUCAAUGCCGAGGAGGACUCAUGGGGCAUCUAUGACAUUGCAUGCCAACGCUUCACACAGAGGAAGAUGUUCCUACCGGAUCACGCGAGGUGGACGCGCUCGGAAUUUGUCGACGAUGCCAUGCCUGCCGUCUCUCCCAAUGCUGACCUUGCAGCUGUGGCCCUGCGGAUGCGUGGUACCACCAAUAUCUGGAUCUACGAAGUACCAGGUUGGGAGUACAAGCCGAGCGAAAAAGCCAAGGUGGAUGCCCCGAUUCAGCCUUGCUUUUGCAUCCCUAUUCCGAACGACAAUGCAGGUACUUUGCAGGAAAUAUGCGUGCUCAGAUGGGUUAGGCUGAACGCCAACGUGCAGCGACUUGUAGCGGUUGGCAACUCGAGCAUACUACCCGAUGAGAACGAUGUGCCUGGGGCGCCACUGGGGUCCAAGGGCGUUCUGAUCGUCCUGGAUUUCGACAAGACAAAGCCCCUGGGAAGCGCUCCACCGACGCCGCUCAAGACUGAAUACGACUUAGACCCCCUUUGUCCAGGCGAGAUGCUACCGGAAGGCUUGAUUGACUUUGAUCGCGAGGUGGAAUUGUGUUGCACGAAGACCAUCGAGAAUUGGAACCACGCCUGUUCAGCGGGCGCGUACUUCUGCGAACCGGAAUGCGCCAAGACCACCACUGCCUUCAGAUGA